AACCAACCUCCAUCCAAAACUUCCACCUUCCAGAAACACACCUCAAAGUCAUCGGAAGGCUCGGUACCGCUUUGACUUAGCGCUUCUCUAUAAAAAGUUCUCGAUCGAACUUCGUACGACUACUACCCAACACCGUAUACCACUAGACGAAUUCACAGAUCCCUCAACAAAAAUGGCGACUCGUAUUCAAUUCGAAAACAGCAGCGACAUCGGUGUCUUCUCAAAGCUGACAAACAGCUAUUGCCUUUGUGCUAUUCAAGGCAGCACCAACUUUUACUCCGCCUUCGAGAGCGAGCUUGGAGAUGUCAUUCCGAUCGUCCACACGAGUAUUGGCGGCACUCGUAUCAUUGGACGUCUGACAGCUGGCAAUCGACACGGUCUUCUUGUACCCUCAACAACGACCGAUCAAGAGCUUCAGCACCUCCGAAACUCCCUACCCGAUGCUGUCGCCAUCCAACGAGUGGAGGAGCGACUAUCUGCGCUCGGAAAUGUCAUUGCAUGCAAUGACUAUGUUGCACUUGUGCAUCCCGAUGUCGACCGAGAAACAGAAGAGAUUAUUGCGGAUGUACUCAAAGUCGAAGUGUUCCGACAAACAAUCGCCGAUAAUGUUUUGGUCGGAAGCUACUGUGCGAUUACAAAUCAAGGUGGACUCGUACACCCCAAGACGAGCGUACAAGAUCAGGAUGAACUCAGUAGUUUGCUGCAAAUACCGUUAGUGGCCGGCACUGUCAACCGUGGUUCCGAUGUCAUCGGUGCAGGCCUCGUCGUAAAUGACUGGACAGCAUUCACUGGCUUGGACACAACUGCGACGGAGAUCAGUGUGAUUGAAGCUGCAUUCAGUACGUUCUCGCAUGUCAUAUUCUGUAUCCUUGAUACUGACAUCCUCGUGCAGAAUUGCAAGGCCAGAGCUCUUCCGCUGUUAUCGGAGAGAUGCGUGACUCGCUUAUUGACAGCUGGGCAUAAGCUCAGUCUAUACCCAGAUCUGUUGAUUAGUGUAUUAGUUAGACCUUUCUUCAUUGGGACGACAAAAUCACUUGGGCUUGGGGCAGUCUCAUCACAUCCAUGUAUCCAUAUACUUUUAAUGUAGACCACUACAUACAUCGUUGCACGACCUUUGUUUCAAUGUGAUAGUAUGUGAGGUAAAAGCGUGAAUAGUAUUGCAAUAUGUACGGCUAAUAGCU